AUGGCCUAUGUACAGAACAUUGUAUUUUAGGUUAGGUUUUAUAGUUUAAAUAUGAAUUGUUUUGUUUGAAAAUUUAUUGUAUAUUUAAAAUAAAAAAUUCUGAGACAAUGGCAAACAGCAACUUUUCUGACAUUCAGAACUUGGAGAAAGAAAUACAACAACUCAAAGAAAAGCUACAUGAAAAACAAAUUUUAUUGGAAAGUCUCAAACAAUCUGAGGAUAAAAAAUGUCGUUUCACCGAAGGCUUAACUACUGAAGAAGUAUCACGAUAUAGUCGACAAAUGCUUGUUCCAUGUUUAAGUUUGAAAGGACAAAUUAAAUUGAAGGAAUCUAGUAUUUUAAUAGUAGGAGCUGGUGGAUUGGGUUGCCCUGCAGCGCUCUACUUAGCUGCUGCUGGUGUAGGAACUAUCACUUUACUGGAUUAUGAUCAAGCUGACAUCACAAAUUUGCACCGACAAAUCUUACAUUCCGAGUAUUCAUUAGGUGUCAAUAAGGUGGAUUCAGCAGCUGAAAGACUCAAAAGCAUUAACAGUAAUGUUAAGGUCAUUCCUUUAUUGAUGUCUGCCGACAGCAAGUCUUUGAAAGAUCUCUUUUCCAAGAAUAAAUACGAUGUUGUUCUAGAUGGUAGUGAUAAUGUUGCUACCAGGUAUCUGCUUAAUGAUAUCUGCGUUUUGAAUAAUGUACCUCUGGUAUCUGGUAGUGCCCUUCAAAUGGAAGGACAGCUUACAGUUUACAAUUUUAAGAAUGGACCAUGCUACAGGUGCUUAUUUCCUAUUCCUCCACCACCUCAGACAGUGACAAAUUGCGGUGAUGGUGGGGUGCUUGGACCAAUUACUGGUACUAUUGGUGCUCUUCAAGCAUUAGAAACCAUUAAAAUUUUAACUGGCAUGGAUGAUGUUCUAUCAGGACGUUUAUUGUUAUUUGACGGAUCUGUUACACACUUUACCGAUGUUAAACUUAGGAAUAAAAAGGAAGACUGUGAUAUUUGUGGAAUAAACCCAAAAAUAAAAGAUUUGAUUGAUUAUGAACAAUUUUGUGGAUCCAGAGCUCAUGAUAAGGUUAUUAAUAUUGAUGUCUUGUCUAGAACUGAAAAUAUAAAUGUUCAUGAAUUUGCUUCUCUAGGUGAGAAUGAGAUUGUCUUGGAUGUUCGUCCCACAAUAGAAUAUGAAUUUUGCAAAUUGCCUAAUACCAUCAAUUUGCCAUAUUCCUAUAUAAUAAAUGAAAAAAAUUUCGAAGAUUUGACUAAAAUGAUGAAUUCCUAUAAGUCAAAAACAUCAAAGAUUUAUUUCUUAUGUAGAAGAGGAAAUGAUUCUCAGAGGGCUGUGAAAUUUGUUAAAAAUAUUCUUGCUGAUGAAUCCUUGAGUUUAUUUAAUAUUUCAGGAGGUCUUUAUGCUUACUCUAAAAAUAUAGAUCCUUCAUUCCCAAUUUAUUAAAAUAAAUUCAGUAUCUUCUUCUGAAAACUGACUGUGAAUGUUUAAAAUGUAAAUUUUUGAAUAAAAAUGAAAUCUGUACGGAAAUUUGUUUAACAAUCUUUUUAUAGAAAUAAAAAUCUAUAACAUA